AUGUCGGAGUUUGAUAACUACGGUAGUUCCGAUGAGGAGAACGCCGAGAUCAAGAAGCUCCAAGCUGAGGUGGAUGCCGAUCCGGAUAACUUCGAGAACUGGGAGAAGCUCGUUCGCGCCUGUGAGGGUCUGGAGGGCGGCUUGAACCGCAACUCCAGCCCCCAGGCCCUUGCGACCCUCCGCGAUGCCUAUGACCGAUUCCUCCUGAAGUUUCCUCUGCUCUUUGGCUACUGGAAGAAGUAUGCCGAUCUCGAGUUCAACAUUGCCGGCCCCGAAUCUGCUGAGAUGGUCUACGAGCGAGGAUGUGCCAGCAUCACCAAUUCUGUCGACUUGUGGACCGACUAUUGCUCCUUCAAAAUGGAGACCACUCAUGUCCCACACCUCGUCAGAGAGUUAUUUGAACGCGGCGCUACAUGUGUCGGCCUGGACUUCCUGGCUCACCCUUUUUGGGACAAGUACCUUGAGUACGAGGAGCGACAAGAGGCGCAAGACAAGAUUUUUGCUAUUCUUUCUCGCGUCAUUCACAUCCCGAUGCACCAGUAUGCCCGCUACUUCGAACGCUUCCGCCAACUGUCCCACAGCCGACCUAUCACCGAGCUGGUCCCAGCGGAAACGUUGGACAAGUUCAAGGCCGAGGUCGAGGCGGAGAGUGCCCAGUACGCUGGCGUGCAACGAACCGAGCUUGAGGUUGAGCGCGACAUUCGCACCAAGAUCGACGCCAUGUAUUACGAGUUUUUCACCCAGACUCAAAACGAGACCAACAAGCGAUGGACGUACGAAUCCGAAGUCAAGCGACCUUACUUCCACGUCACGGAGCUCGAAAACCCGCAGCUUGUUAAUUGGCGCAAGUACCUCGACUUUGAGGAGUCGGAAGGCAACUUCACGCGCAUCGUCUUCCUGUACGAGCGAUGUCUGGUCACUUGCGCGUUCUAUGACGAAUUUUGGUUUCGCUAUGCUCGUUGGAUGUCAGCACAAGAGGACAAGGAAGAAGAAGUCCGCAUCAUCUACCAACGUGCCGCUACCCUAUACGUACCCAUUAGCCGUCCAGGAAUCAGGCUUCAGUGGGCGUACUUUGAGGAGAGUUGCGGCCGCAUUGAGAUUGCGCGGGAAAUUCACGCUGUGAUCCUCAUGGGGCUUCCUGACUGCAUCGAGGCCAUCACCUCGUGGGCCCACCUUCAACGCCGCCAGAGUGGACUGGACGCCGCCAUCGAAGUGUUCAAGGCGCAGAUCGACUCUCCACAGGUGGACAUCUUCACCAAGGCAGCACUGGUGUCGGAGUGGGCAUCUCUCCUCUGGAAGGUCAAAGGUUCAACCGAAGAGGCGCGCAACGUCUUCCUCAAGAACGUCCAGUGGUAUGCGGACAGCCGUAUCUUUUGGGACAAGUGGCUGGAGUUCGAGUUGCAGCAGCCGACCAGCGCCGAGCUUGAGGAUCAGCACGGCGAGCGCAUGAAGCAAAUCUUUGACGAACUGCGGAGCAAGAGCCGGUUGUCAGCGUCGACAAAGAAAGAACUAUACCACAUCUACCUGUCGUAUCUGCAACAGAGGGGCGGCAAGGACGCUAUGAAACAAUUCCUGGCUGUCGACCGGGAGAUCUAUGGACCUGGUUCGAUUUCUGUCCUCGCCAAAGCCAACGCUGCCGUCAAGGAGAACGGUGUUGCCACCGGCGAGCUCGACGAGGCGACGAGACAUCGUGCCGAGGCUCGAUACCUCAAGUACUACGAACUGCCCAACGAACCCGACGCCGAAGGUCAGGGAACUGCACAGUUCAACUAG